CCUCCCGCCGCACACGAACACCACGUUUCUAACGUAUCCACAGCUACCAUGAGAAGACCACGAUUCGUUGCCCUGUGCGCUGCCGCCGCGCUCCAGUCCUCUACCCCAUGGGGCAGCUCCGCCGGCACGGGGCUGGCUAGGGCUGAGGAGGCUGUCGCACCGGCGUCCACGAUGGACGCGGCGUUCGAGGAGCAGCUGAAGGACGGAGCGGAGGCUUUCGAGUUCCAGGCCGAAGUGAACCGCCUGAUGGACAUCAUCAUCAACUCGCUCUACAAGAACAAGGACAUCUUCCUGCGCGAGCUCAUCAGCAACGCGUCGGAUGCCCUCGACAAGAUCAGGUUCCUGUCAGUCUCCGACCCGGAUAAACUCGGCACCGCGAAGGACCUCGAAAUCCGCAUCUCUGCCGACAAGGACGCGCGUACCCUGACGAUCCGAGACACCGGAGUGGGCAUGACGAAGGCGGACCUCAUCUCGAACCUUGGAACCGUGGCCCGUUCGGGCACGACCAACUUUGUAGAGGCCUUGACGGAGACCGGAGAUCUCGGGCUGAUCGGACAGUUCGGCGUCGGGUUCUACUCGGUCUACCUUGUGGCGGACAAAGUGCAGGUGAUCUCCAAGAACAACGACGAUGACCAGUACGUGUGGGAAUCUACAGCUGACAGCACCUUCACCGUGUCCAAGGAUCCUCGCGGGAACACGCUCGGCCGAGGAACGGAAAUCGUCCUCCACCUCAAGGAGGACGCCGGUGAGUUCUUGUCGGAGUCUACGCUCAAGAACCUCAUCCACCGCUACUCCGAGUUCAUCACCUUCCCCAUCUACCAGCUGGUGGAGAAAGAAGAGGAGAUUGAGGUAGAAGACGACGAGGAAGAGGAGGAGGACGACGGGGACGAGGACUCGGGAGACGAAGAGGGUGACGAGGAAGAUGACUUCGAAGAGGUGGAAGUGGACGUGAAGUACAAGACCGUCAAGACAUUGGACUGGGAGAGGGUUAAUGCUAACGUGGCUGUGUGGGCGCGUGACAAGGACGAGAUCACCGACGAAGAGUACCACAACUUCUACAAGGCCCUCUCCGGAGAUACUUCGGACGCGGCGACGUGGAUCCACUUCAAGGCCGAGGGAGAAGUCGAGUUCAAGUCCAUCCUCUUCGCGCCUAGCAAGGCGCCAUACAACAUGUACGACCACUACUACGACGACUCCCGCGGCGGGCUGAAGCUGUACGUUCGCAAGGUGCUUAUCACCGACGAGUUCGACGAGCUGUUGCCCCGGUACCUGUCCUUCAUCCGCGGAGUGGUGGACUCGGACGACCUGCCCCUCAACGUCAGCCGCGAGAUGCUUCAGGAGCACAAGGUGUUGAAGGUGAUGGCCAAGAAGCUUGUUCGGAAGACUCUUGAGAUGCUCCGCAAGCUGGCAACGGAGGAAGUCGAAGACGAGGAGGGCGAGGAAGAGCACCCUUACAUCCAGUUCUGGAACGAGUUCGGCAAGAGCAUCAAGCUCGGCGUGAUGGAGGACAACGCCAACAGGAGCAAACUCGUGAAGCUGCUGAGGUUCAAGAGCAACAAGUCCGACGGCAAGUGGGUCAGCUUGGAGGACUACGUGGCCGGCAUGCCGGAAUGGCAGUCCUCCAUUUUCUACAUCGCAGGAGAGUCCACGGAGGCUGUGGAGAAGUCCCCCUUCCUGGAGAAGCUGAACAAGAAGGGGCUCGAGGUCCUCUACCUCACGGAGCCUAUCGACGAGAUGACAAUUGGCUCCAUCACUGACUUCGAAGACAAGAAGAUGCAGUCCGUGACCAAGGAAGGGCUUAGCUUCGGGGACGAGGAUGUGGCCGACGUGAAGAAGAGAGAAAAAUACUACAAGAAGAUGUUCACCCCCCUCGCCGAACACCUCAAGGACAUGUUCAAGGGCAAGAUCAGCAAGGUGUCCGUCAGCCAGCGCGUAGAAGGGACCCCCGCCAUCAUCGUGUCGGCCGCGUACGGGUACAGUGCCAACAUGGAGCGCAUCAUGAAGGCGCAGACCCUGGCCGACAGCAAGCAGAUGGGUUUGCUCGGGGGGCACCGCAGCAUGGAGAUAAACCCGCGACACCCCAUCGUGCACGAGCUCAACAAGAAGGUGGCUAUUUCUCUUGCCGUCUUUGCCCCCGUUUAUUUCUGCACCCUCACGAUAAUAGUAGAAUUGGGCUCUUGGGGGAGGAGUUGCGUUGAGAGUGGCGCAGAUCAUUGGGUGGAAGAUACCGAGGCAUUCGCCAACCGGGUACAGCGUGCCAUGGCCAAGACGCUGAACCUUAGCAGCAUGGACCUCCUCGAGGAGGUGGAGAUCCCAGACGAGGAGGAAGAGGAGGAGGGUGAUGGAGAUGAGCAGUUUCAAGACCUCGACGAGCUCUGAGUGAGUUGUUGGAGGAGGCGCUCCCGGCGGGAACCAAUCCAGCAGGCUCCCCCCCCCCCCCCCCCCCCCCCCCCCCCCCCCCCCCCCCCCCCCCCCNGCGUUCCACGUGCCCCUUUUCAUCGGCCGUGGUCGGCCGUCUCGUCGCAGCGUCGAGGGUGAUUUUUGUUGAUCAUCCUGGCUGAUGUGUUCAGAAUUGUACCGAAAGGUGAAAGGACCCAUGUCCGGAAACAAUGCAUGCCUAGCGGUUAGACCAUUGUUCCCACAGGACC